AUUAAGUGUCCGGCAAACGAUCAUGUGGCGCGUGUCGUACUGUGCGGUAGUACUAACCCUACUUUCCACCCUUCUCGGGCUCGCGUCCGCUUUUGUGGACGUGAAAGUGACGAUUAAAAAUGGCCCCAUCAUAGGCCAGCACCGGGGGGCACACUACGCCUUCGAAGGCAUACCGUACGCGAAAGCACCGAUCGGAAACAGACGGUUCGCUCCCUCCGAGCUGAUCGACGAACGGUGGAAUGAGCCGCGCAACACGUCCCAGGUGGGGCCAAUCUGUCUGCAGUGGUCCCACCUCAAGCCGGGCGACGACAAACUGGACGGUGCCGAGGACUGCCUCUUUCUGAACGUGUACACGCCGAACCUUGCCCCGGACGUACCGAUGCCGGCGAUCGUCCAUCUGCAUGGUGGCGCCUUUAUGUACGGUGGCGGUGGAUACUUUCAGCCGGACUUUCUACUCAAGCGGCCACUGAUACUGGUCACGGUGAACUAUCGGCUCGGACCGCUCGGUUUCCUCAGCACGGAAGACGACGUGAUCGCGGGCAACUACGGACUGAAAGAUCAGGUGACGGCCCUGCAGUGGGUGCAGAAAAACAUCAAAUACUUUGGUGGUGAUGCGUCGCGCGUUACGCUGUCGGGCUUUUCCGCCGGUUCGGCCAGUGUCCAUUUGCACUACCUAUCUCCACUGUCUCGCGGGCUGUUCCAGCGUGCCGUCGGUCACAGCGGGUCCGCCCUCAAUCCGUGGGUUAUGGUUGAACGGGCGGCGGAAAAAGCGAAACUUAUCGCGGCCGGUGCUGGCUGUCCCGUGGAUGCGAGCAGCAGCAGUAAGGAGCUGCUGCAAUGCUUGCGCCAGCUGCCGGCAGAGGUGAUAGUGCGCCAGGUGCCGAAAUUGCAAGACUUCCUGUACAAUCCCUACUCGCCGCUGGGCGUUGUGGUGGAGCAGCGCGGCAAAUACAAUCCCGCACCGUUCCUUACGGAACAUCCGCGCGAUCUGACGCGCUCGGGAAGGGUGGCAAAGGUUCCGCUGCUGCUUUCGGUCACCGAGGCGGAGGGUCUGUAUCCGGCGGCGGAGUUUUUAAGCAACGCAAGCUACCUACGCCACAUUAACGAUCACUGGAACGAGGUGCUGCCCAGCAUCCUGGACUACAAGUACGCGGUCCGUGAUGGGCAUCUCCGGGACGCACUGUCCCAGGUGAUCAGGGAACGCUAUCUGGGUGCGAACGAGCUGAACGAACGAGAGUUUCCUCAAUUUGUGAGACUCGUGUCAAAUCGGCUGUUCUUCGCUGGCGUCACGGAAAUGGCAAAAAUGAUGCAACCACACGUUCCCGUCUACUUCUACCUCGACCAAUACAAAGCAACGUACGGUCUGUCGGAAGCGCUUGCCGGAUCGGACCAGUAUGUAGGGGUGCCGCACGGCGAGGAUAUUUUGCUAAUCUUCCCCAGCAGCCUGCGCGACGGCCAUCCCUAUACGGCGCAAGAGCUUAGCAUGGCCUCUAAGUUUGUCGAUCUGUACGAAUCGUUUGCUUACGGACAGCAGCCGCGAUUCGGCAAACUGUUGCUACCGGCACAGGAAGACCCGACCCGGCUAAGCUAUCUGCAAGUGGACCACCCCAACAGUACCAUCGUUACGGCCGACUUUAUAAGCGACGAACCGUUCUGGGGCAUUCUGGAUUUUAAUGACCGCACCACUAUGCAUUGAAUUCCCUCUCAUGGUCACAAUUGCUAAAACAUAAUAAACAGAGAACAAGUUGCUUACCCCAUCUUGCA